GUCGCUCCCACUUUGACGCAAUGCGAAGGAGUCCGCGGGUCGUCACAGUGGUCAUCGCAUUUCAACAUAUUUCAACGUCCGUCCGGAUCCGAUCGGAAAACUCAGCCGAAUACGAAAAUCCGGGCCGUUUUCGAAUUUCCCGGCCGAACCCGGGUGCAAUUCCACGAUGAUCUUGAGGACCGUCGUCAUCGCGGUUGUCCUCGGUGCAGCAAUCAUCGGCGUCCUGUCCACAGACCUGAGACAAUUCAAGAUUCACAUAGCAACUUGGAACGUGAACGGCCAAUACCCACCGGAGAAGAUUGACCGACUGCUCGGCUUAGAGGCGAUUAAAGAAAGCGGCAAACCGGACUUGGUCAUAGUUGGAAUCCAGGAGAUAUCCGUUUCUGUGCGGGACUACUUGUCAAACUUGGUCUCGGGGAACAAAUGGUCGGGAGUGAUCACAAACACUCUCUUGGAACAUGAUUAUUUCAAGGUGAAUUCUUUUACGAUGAUCGGCAUCGGUCUGUACGUGUUCGCCCUGUCCAAACACCAGUACGCCCUCGACGUGACGAGCGUCGAGGAGAUCAAAGUGAGGACCGGCUUCGGCGGGACCCUGGGCAACAAGGGUGCCCUCGUCCUCAACUUCCGUUGGUUCGAGACCGACUUCUCCGUCAUCAACGCCCACCUCCCGGCCCACGACGACGGCAACGCGAAGAGGAUCGAGGACUUCAAGACGAUCGACUCGUCCCGGAAAAGUUCCUGCAGGAAGCCGGCCGACUUCCUAUUCUGGCUGGGCGAUCUCAACUUCCGGCUGGACGACCUGGAAAGCCUCGACGCCAACAGGAUACAGCACAUGCUCGCCAAAGGACAAUCGGCGGCCCUGUUGGAGAAGGACCAGCUGAAGACGGCACAAAAGGAAGGGGCUGCGUUCGUCGGCUGGGCCGAGGACGAGAUCUCUUUCAAGCCCACUUUCAAAAUGGUACCGCGAACCGGACGGUUCAACUUGAAAAGGAGGCCUUCCUGGACGGACCGCAUCCUGUACAAGUCCGACAGCCUGAGGAACAUAACCCAAAUCUCCUACGAAAGUUUGACCGACUACGUCCUCAGCGACCACACUCCCGUCAUCGCUCAAUUUUACAUCACGUUGGAUACUGAUCGAUUCUAACUUGUUAAUAAAAUUACACUUUUAUUUA